AUGAGCCUGUUUGGAAGUUGGGCUGAUGCCCUUACGUUCAUGGAUCUCCAAGAGAUAAAGGACACCAUGGGCGUGGGCAGACAAGUGUGGCAGGCGUUCACCGAUCAGGUGGGGGACCCUGCCAACGACAUCCGUCUUCUCAGUGCACUGCCAAGAGUGGCAGUAGUGACCGCCUGUGGGCAGGCGCAAUUCCCUGAUGGAUCCCCUCUACUUCCUCUCCAGGCUACACAGGACGAAUCAGAGCUAUUGCCACCGUCGAAUGAAGAGGUGAACAACUGGACGCAGGCCUACGUCACGAUCAUGGGAGCCUUGCCUGAUCCUGCGGAGGAGCCCACGGCUUCACAACUGGCAGCGCUGGCAAAGAGGACCCUGGUUCACGACUGUGCGCCCUAUACGGAUUUCAGUGUCUGGACCCCCUUUGCAAGACGCACGAUAAAGAACCAGAAGUACAGGACAGUUUUUCCACUGGGGGACGGGUCAUUCCUCAGCAAGGAGUUGCCUGGCCCUGUCAAUUUUCAGAUGUGGCUUGGAUGCUGGCGGGUGUUCAAGUCGGCGGCAUUGAUGCUCAACAUCUCGACGCUGGCGGCCCUGACGAGCUACGAGAGGUUCGUUGAGAGGCUAGUCACCCAGUGGCCUCUUUGCUGGGGCCUCAUUGCUCAGGCUGAAGAUAAGAUGAGGGCAGAAGGGCUGGAGAGAUGGAGAAGGAGAAUCAUAACUGCCGCGGCUUUGGGAAGGCAGACGCCGAUCAACUGGGACCCUGCAAAACCUUGGACGGCAGUGUUCGAGAUGGCAAUCCAGGACACAGAGUACUGGGCAGAAAACGUUCAUCACCCAGCGGCGGCGUGGCUAGCAGCUGGAAGCCGAGGCAAACCGGUGGUGGCGUCAGAAGCAGCCCUGCAGGCACACAUGGCUGGCAACCACGAGGGCGCAACGGAGGCAACGGGUGACGAGGGCGAGAGAAGAGCUCAAGUCAACCGAGAAAAGAGGCAGGCGAAGAAACGCCGCAUGUUUGAAGACAGAGAAGAACUCAAGCGCUGGAGAGGAUCAGAGUGGGAAGCCUUUGUGCUUCUCGUGGAGCGCGGGCAACAGUCCGUGCGGCCACUUAGGUUCAAGGUUCACGCAUGUUGUCUUUCACAUUUGCAGUGCAUUGGAUCGAACAUGUCAGUGCUGUCGGAGUCAUCUGAUAGCUCGUCUGACCCGGCCGCGGAAGAGACAAAGCCCGCCGGGACGGAUGAGUCGACAGAGGCAAAGGAGCAAGUGACGUCCGCGGCAGAGCAGUUGCUGGAGACGGCCAAGACUGCGACCAUUCCAGAUAGAGUCAAAGUUGCCCUUGGUGAUGCAAGCGACUUUGGAAGAUUCAGGGAAGGCAGGGUGUUCACUUUCCUGCACCUGUUCAGUGGCCCCAAUGACAGGCUAGCAGCCGCCCUGAAAGAGGAGGGGGCAAAAGCAGGCCUGAAGGUCAGCGUGGACAGCGUCGACAUAAAGAUGGACAAGUCCAUGGAUCUGAGAAAGGGCCCGGCGGUUGAAGAGAUCGAGAAAAGGAUCACCCAGGGCAACUAUGACGGAUUUCAUGCAGGGUUUCCAUGCGGAAGCUUCAGCAGGGUGCGUUGGGUGGAGUCAGCUGGCAUGCCAGGACCAGUGCGGUCAAGGCAGUUUCCAUAUGGGCUGCCGUCCAACAGCCCGAAACAGCAAGAAGAAGCCGAUGAUGGAACACUGAUGGCAACGAGAUCUCUGGGGCUCAUGCAAAAGCAGAUAUGGUCGCAAAGGAGCAGGAGAGUACCACAGGCUGCAACGGUGGAGAACCCCCCUGGAGAUGAAACCGGGCCCGCAGGUAGCGCCUGGAUGCUUCAGGAAGUUGAAGAAGCACUGGAAUCUACGGGCGCGGGCAUGGCAGACUCCAACACCUGCACAUAUAUGGAUGGGAAGGAAAGGUUCUUCAAACCAGGCAGGUGGGCUGGGCGCUUGGAGAACUUGGAGUCCCUGGCAAAGGUGUGCAGGUGGCCAAACUAUGUGGCUUCAUGGAAGAGGACACUGGACUUGGAGUUCUGGCGUUGGAAGCUGGUGCAGAAAUCCGAGGAGGUGUCCGCGCUGAAGACGGGGUGGCUCAAGAACGAAGAGAGGCGCAUCUCCGAGAGGCAAAGAACCACGGGCACGAGAAGAGUGGGCCAUGUGGGAGAAGUCUUCUUGGAGCCUCGAAAGCCGACAGCCACCGUGACCAUGGACCCGGAGAAGGAGUCCGGCCCUAAGUCAUCAACUCAAACGCCAAAGCGACAGAAGAGGGAAGCGGAGAAUGAGUUCUGCGUGGGAGGUAUGAGAAACCCCUUGGGGGCCGUCAAGCGGCUGUGGAAGGUAAAGAACGUGGGCAAGCAGAUCAGGCUGGCUUGGGAACAGUUCGCAAAAGAGAAACCAACAUCUCUUCGACUGGGAGAGGCCUACGGAUCUGCGGAGGCACAGUACGACGAGACCCUGGCCAUGGAGUGGCAGAUCAAGCUUGCCUCGAUCUUGGAGGUCACCCCAAGGGAUGGCUUGACGUUGACAGACAAGUUGAUGUUCAAAAGCCCCCUGAACAUCGACUUGUGGAGAGGAUGGUUCAAAGCCACAGGUGACCCGGACUAUCACGUCGCUGAAUGGGCAGAGAGCGGAGUCCCCUUGGGCAUGAACGUGCCGAUACCGCUGUCCAAUGGAGUCUUCCCAGCGUCGGGCGAAACGUCCCCAGAGAUGACAGAAGAAGCGCCGGAGAUCGAGAUGCAGUCCCACGUGACGAACUACAAAAGCUUCAUAGAUGCACCUGAGGACGCAGAGAUCGAGGUGCAGAGGUACGUGGAGAAGGGCUUUGCCAUCUUGAUGGACUGGGACGAGGUGCAGUCCCAUUUCGACAGAGGCACAGUUAGCCGACUAGCGCUGAUCCUGAAGACAAAGGCCGACGGGAGCAUCAAGCGCCGGGUGGUGGUGGACCUGCUCCGGUCUGGAGGCAAUGGGCGCACGGUGACACCCGAGAGGAUAGUCCUCCCGAGGGUGGUGGAUGUCACCAAGAUGGCGCGAGACAUGGCGGCAAAGAAUGAGGGGGACAACCAUGGCAGGACGGCGGAGUUUGUGAUGUACGACCUGCAAGACGCCUUCUGCCAUUUCCCGGUCUGCCGUGACGAGCUGCCCAAUUGUCUGGCACCGGGCAACAGGAGCGACCAGGCCAUCCUUUUCCGGGCACUCUUGUUCGGAUUCAAGUCAGCCCCACUGCUGAUGGGAAGGCUGAGUGCAGCAGUGGGAAGGCUGUGGCAAUCACUGAUGUCGCCGACGGAGGGCCAGAUGCAGAUCUACGUCGACGACGUGCUGACCCUCAUCAAUGGCACCGAAGAGGAAAAGGCGAACCUCAUUGCGCUGGGGCUGUACACGAUGAGGGCCUUCGGAGUGCAGAUCGCCCUCAACAAGGGGGAGCGAGGUCAGCAAGUGCAGUGGAUAGGUGUGAAAAUGCUGCUGCAAUGGCCCGAAAGCCCAUUGAAGGGUUCGAUCACGUACGCCGCACCAAAGAAGAUGAUGGACGAGCUGUUGGAGACCCUAAUGGGCUGGAUGGACCGUGGGAUGGUGUCGCACCGAGAGCUACGAAGUACCACGGGUCGGCUCAGUUGGGUGGCUGGCAUCCUACCGCGACUGAGGUGGGCGGUGUCUGUCUUCUUUGCAGUGCUGCGUGACGCGGAGGAAGACGAGAAGACGGGCCUCGAAGAAGAAAGGGCACAGCGCCGCAAGGACCAAAGGCCCAAAUACGGUCUGGUGGCGGUGAAACGCUUUGGAGCCACGCUGAGGUGGCUGAUUGCAGCCCUGGCCAGGGUGGAUAGAUUCACCUUAAGGAGAGAAGACCUGUUGGAGAGACCCGUCACCAUUGGCAUCAUCUCAGAUGCAUCUCCGUUGGGAUUGGGGGCAGUGCUGGUGGCAGUGGCCCCCCACGACGGCACGCUCUACGUGGUGGAGGCCUUCGAGGCAAAGUUCAACAAGACAGAGGCAAAACUCCUUGGUGUUGAUCACGGAGAAUCAUCGAGCCAGGGAGUGCCAGUCAAAUUGUGGAGGACGAGGUUGCAGCACAGGGCAAUCUUCAUCCGAAGCGACAGCGUGGUGGCCCUGGCCAUGACGAGGCAGCUGUCGAGCUCUUCCCCCCCGCUCAACCAUCUGGGGGGAGAGCUGGCAAUCAGGCUGGAGGAGUACGGGGUCAUCAGGGUGGUCACACAGCACAUACCUGGUGUUCUCAACGUGGAGCCAGACUGGCUAUCACGGGCCCACGACAGAGACCCCGAGAUACCAGCCAACUUGCGCAAGGUCAAGAUCAAGCAACUAGCCCCGAUUUGCGCAGAUGAUUUUGUUUUGCAACCUCUGGGGGCGGAAAACAGCCCCUGGGAAGGUAUCCCGCCACACAAUGUGUCGGUGUUUCACAACUUGUGA